GGUGGGUGGUCGGAGGAAAGGGAGAGAUGGGGUGAGUUCCGCUCAUUACGGAGGGAAGAUACUUUACAUAUUUAAAAUACGUCUCUCAAGCCGGAACCAACAUUUUGGAGACAACAGGAAGAGGUCGGGGAGGGGACGGACGUUGCUAUGGAGGAGGUUCCAGCGAUGGAGGAACCGGUGGCGGCGGCGGGAGCAGGUGCAUUAAACGGUGAUGGUUUUAAGAAACCUUUGCUCCCUUUGGCUCCACCGCAGAAGAAAACUCUCCAUUCAAGCAUUCUGAAUACCGUCCCAGAAUCAACUGAAAGUGUUGACGUUGUUGGGGAGUCCAAGGUGAAAGCUGUACCAGCUGUGGAGAGCUCUGUAGGUCAUGAACAAGAAACUCGACCGGAACUGCAAGAAAGACCCGCACCAGAUCAGCGGCUCAUUGAGGCACCUCGUCUCCAUCCCAUAUCACUGCCAAAGAAGCCCAGGUCAGCUGCCAUGAGGUUACCUUCAGAUAAAUAUAAGCCCUGCCCUCCUCUCCCAUAUGUGGAACCACCAUGGGGAGGGUUAGCAGAAGCCCCUUACAGCUUUGAGAUCCUCAAAAAUGGCAGCAUAGUCUCGGACAUGAGUCUGAAUUCAAAGAGUUUUUAUGUUGUUGGGAGGCUUCCGACCUGUGACAUCUCUCUUGAGCAUCCUUCCAUUUCUCGGUACCAUGCCAUAGUGCAACAUAGGCGAGUUGCUGAUGGGGAGAAUGGCACUGGAUUUUACAUUUAUGACUUGAACAGUACUCAUGGGACAGUGGUAAACAAACAGAAAGUCCAUCCGAACUGUUACCAGAGGCUUAAAGUCGGCCAUGUUAUUAAAUUCGGAGGGAGCACAAGACUCCUUGUAUUGCAGGGCCCAGAAGAGGAUGAAGAGGAGGAAUCUGAUUUUACUGUGACUGAGUUGAUGGAGAGGAGCCAGCAGCACAAGCAGCUGGAGAAACGAAUGCUGGGCGAAGAUUCUGAUGAGGAUGAAAGUGCAGAUAUUGAAGCAGAGGAGCAGCCAAGGCCACCUGCAGCCAGCAGUGUCACUGGUUGCACAUGGGGAAUUGUUGAGGAUGCAGUGGAAGAUGAAAGUGAAGACAACCCAUAUUCCAUUGAAUUCCAGGAGGACCGUGAAGCUUUUUAUAUCAAAGACCCUAAGAAAGCACUACAGGGUUUCUUUGAUAGGGAAGGUGAGGAGUUGGAAUACGAGUAUGAUGAGCGUGGCUCUGGUACCUGGGUCUGUAGAGUCAGGCUCCCAGUGGAGGAUGCUCUAGGAAGAGAACUUGCUGCAGAAGUGACGCACACUGGUAAAAAGAAAGAAGCCAUGGUUCAGUGUUCAUUGGAGGCUUGCAAGAUACUAGAUGCCAGAGGAGUUCUGCGCCUGGAAGCAGUUUCUCGGAAACGGAAAUCUAAAAACUGGGAAGCGGAGGACUUCUAUGACAGUGAUGAAGAUACUUUCUUAGAUCGGACAGGAGCUAUUGAAAAGAAAAGGCUGAACCGAAUGAAGAAGGCAGGAAAGGUAGAGGAGAAAGUGGAAACUUAUGACUCAUUGGUUGCCAAGUUAACAGAGGUGCAGAAAGAGCUUUCUGAUGUUGAAGCCAAGCUGAAAAUGUCUGGCAAAGAUUGCGUGCAAGCCCCUGGGGAAGAUCCUUUAGAUGCCUUCAUGACCAAAAUCCGAACAGGAGCAACAGUAGAUAGUGUCACUCGAAAGAAAUUGCACAUUAAGUCCUUUGAACUAAAAAGAGAGCAGCAAAGGCUACAGAAACUGAUAAAGAUAGUGACACCAGCAGAUUUACCAGAGCUGAAAAUGGAGAUUGCGAGUCCGUCUGGAGACGCAGAACCCAAACCUAAGAAAAUUGCUCUGCCCAUGUUUGGGGCAAUGAAGGGAGGAAAAAAGUAUAAACUGAAGACAGGCACCAUUGGGAGAUUGCCACCUAAACGACCUGAGCCACCUAGCAGUUGUUUUAACAUGAAGGAAAGCCAAGCAGUUGAAGAAGAGGAAGAGGAGGAGGAGGAGGAGGAGGAGGAAGAAGCACACAAGAACAAACCUGCUGGUCUGACCCAAGGACAAGAAAUAGAGCAAGAACCAGGCUUGUCUUACCCUACUGAUUUAACAGAAAAUCCCAGCCACGAUAACGAAACCACACUGUCAGCUCAGGUUUCCAAUCAAGAAGGAGGUGAGGAUGGUGCAGCAGCUUCAACAGAAGACAGGGACAUUGACUCUCCAUCGAAAGAUUCAAUGCCAGCCAAGAUAAAGCCUAAGUCUAACAAAAAUGAUGAAAAAGUUGUGAAGAAGAAAAUAUAUGGUCCAAUGAAAGUAAGUAACUUAUCAAUAUAAUCAUUUCUGUAGAGUAAGAAUGUUACCAGUCAGUUUGUAGGUUGGUCGUGCGAAGGCAAUUUUAGAUUUAAUAUAUUAGGCGUAUAAUAAGUGACUGGAAUCAUGGCAUGUUGUCACAGAGUGUUGGCAGGUGAGCUUCAGAGUUAUUAUUAAAUCCUUAGUGUGGAAGCAGGCCACUCGGUCCAUCGAGUCCAUACCUCCCCUUGAAGAGCAUCCCACCCAGACCUAGCCCCCCCAACCCUAUCUCUGUAAUCCUUCAUUUCCCGUGGCUAAUCUACCUAACCUGCACAUCUUUAAAGUGUGGGAGGAAAUUCAUGCAGGCAAACAGAGAAUGUACAAACUCCACACAGACAGUUGCUCGAGGGCGGAAUUGAACCUGAUCCCUGCUGCUGUGAGGCAAGAGUUGCUAACCACUGAGCCACUUUGCCGCCCCAAUAAGACAAGAUCCCAUGCUGUUGAAGUUACUAUUUUAGCAUGGUAAUUAAUAGAAGACAGAGAGUUGGGAAUCAUAGAAUCCCUCUAGUAUGUAAGCAGGCCAUUCAGCCCAUCAAGUCACACCAACCCACCAAAGACCAUCCACCUCCCAGACCUACCCUCACCCUAUCCCUGUAUCUCCCAUGGCUAACUCACCUAGCCUGCGCACACUGGGAAAUUUAGCAAGGCCAAUCCACCUAACCUGCACAUGUUUGGACUAUGGGAGGAAACCAGAGCACCCAGAGGAAUUUCACGCAAACACCGGAAGAAUAUGCUAACUCCACACAGACAGCCGCCCAAGGCAGGAUUGAAACAAGGCUUCUAGUGUUGUGAGGCAGCAGUGCUAACCACUGAGCCACCACACCUUUCACCUUAGUUUUCACAAAAUGUUGAGUUCAGUCUCGGCUUUGCUCUUACAGAGACAGCAAAGAUGGGUCUUUCUACCUUGCUGGCCCCAAAGCAGUUCCCUUGUUUGCAUUCUGUGGGCCUGGAAGCUUGAAUGAGCUAUUCUGAGUGGUGUGUAAUUUCUUAAUCAGAAUGUGAGCAUCAGCAAUUUGAGAAAUCAGCAAUUUACCAGAAACAUGCAUUUAAACUUUCCAUGUAACUCCCCGCCACCACCAAUCCUUUUCCUGCUCCGUUGACGAGCACCCAGGAGACAGAUAUUGAAAACAAAAGCAUGGGCUCCCUAUAUCUGGAUAAGCAUUAUAAUAUCAUUCUGAAGACAAGUCAUAUUUGACUUGAGCAUUAACUCUGUUUCCCUCCGUACAAAUGCUGCCAGACUUACUGAGUAUGCCAGCACUUUCUGUUUUCGUUAUAUAUAAAGCUACCGUUGGCCUGACCUGAAAGGUACUGUGUGGCACAUUAUUGUUAAUCGAUAAUCCUUACAAAACUCUGACGACCUACU